GCGCGCCGGGCGCUCCCGCGGCGAGGGGCCGGCGCGAUGGGCAAGAAGGGGCGCAAGGAGAGGAAGGGGCGCGGCGCCGAGAAGACGGCGGCCAGGGUGGAGCGCAAGGUGUCGCGGCGCGCGCGGCAGGCCGAGGAGGACCUGGAGGCGCUGAUCGCCCAGUUCCAGGCGCUGGACGCGCGCGGGACGCAGGUGCGGGAGACGCCCAGCGCGGCGCCCUCGCCCAGGCUGCACGCCUCGCUCUCCGCGCACCCCGAGAAGGACGAGCUGCUGCUCUUCGGGGGCGAGUACUUCAACGGCCGCCAGACGCUGCUGUACAACGAGCUCUACGUCUACAGCAUCAGGAAGGAUGCCUGGACCAAGCUCGAGAUCCCUGGGCCCCCGCCGAGGCGCUGCGCCCACCAGGCGGUGGCGGUGCCGCAGGGCGGUGGGCAGCUGUGGAUCUUCGGAGGGGAGUUCGCGUCUCCUGACGGGGAGCGGUUCUACCACUACAAGGACCUCUGGGUGCUGCAUCUCGCCACCAGGAAGUGGGAGCAAGUCAGGGCUGCAGGGGGCCCCUCGGGCCGCAGCGGACAUCGGAUGGUGGCCUGGAAGAGGCAUCUCCUCGUGUUCGGGGGCUUCCACGAGAGCAGCAGGGACUACGUCUACUACAGCGACCUGCACGCCUUCAGCCUGGACACCUUCACCUGGACCCGGCUGGCCCCUGCGGGGACCGGGCCCUGUCCCCGCUCAGGCUGCCUGCUGACCGUGAGCCCGCAGGGCGGCGUCCUCCUGUACGGCGGCUACUCGAAGCAGCGCGUCAAGAAGGACGUGGACAAAGGCCUGCUGCACUCGGACAUGUUCCUGCUGCGGGCGGAGGAGGGGAGAGACGGCCAGUGCUCCUGGACGUGGACGCGGCUCCAGCCCUCGGGCAGCAAGCCCACGCCACGGUCUGGCUUCUCGGUGGCCGUGACCCCCAGCCAGCAGACGCUUCUCUUCGGGGGCGUCUGUGACGAGGAGGACGACGAGAGCUUGGAGGGCGACUUCCUCAGCGACCUGCACCUGUACGACGCGGCCAAGAACCGCUGGUUCCCGGGGCAGCUGAAGGGCCCCAGGACGGAGCCGAGGAAGCGCAGACGGGGGGGCCGAGCAGAGCCCCCAGCGGCGGCUGAGGCCGAGGCUGAGCCCGAUGUCCAGCUGCCCCUGGAGGUGGUCAAGGAGGUGGUGACUGAGGACGGGACCGUGGUCACCAUCAAGCAGGUGCUGGCCGGCUCAGGCCCCUCGGGCCGGCCCCCAAGCCCCCGGGAGGCCAGCCCUGAGGGGGCGGCGCCCGGCACCGGGCCCUGCGCCCGCUCCAACGCCAUGGUGGCCGUGAAGCACGGCCGCCUGUACCUCUACGGCGGCAUGUUUGAGGCCGGCGACCGCCAGGUCACCCUGGGCGACAUGUACUCCCUGGACCUGCACAGGAUGGAGGAGUGGACGGUCUUGGUGGAAGCCGACCCAGACACACAGGAGUGGCAGGGCACCGACUCGGAGGGGGACAGCGAGGAGGCGGAGGACGAAGAGGAUGAGGACGGCAGCAGCAGCAGCAGCAGCGGGGACAGUGACCAGGAGGCUGGGGAGCCUCGGCCCCCUGGAGCACAUGCGGACCCGAUGCCCAGGAGCACGAGCUGAGAGGCUGCGCUGACUUGGACAGACCUUGGCCCUCGGUGACUGCACAGGCCCCGCCCGGGUGCCACCCUGACCUCCACCCCGCUCCCCGGCGCCCCCCGCACAUCUGUU